AUCCUGAAGAAGAGUUACGAAAGUUUCCAAGAGCUCUCCCCAACAAAUCACUAAUUUAAGCGGGCAGAAAUGAGAAUCCUUCGAAGCGAAAUGUGUUUUCAACCUUGCAGAAAUAACAAAAAGUAAAUUACAGCCUGCAGGACAAGUUUAUACAUAGAACCCUCAUAUCUUCACAACCACCAACAACUCAAAUAAAUCCUUUUUUGUACUCUUUCUCAUUUCCGCCAUCAGUCGAAUAUAUAAAUAAAGCCAAGAAAAAUCCAAGUAAACAAAAAGCAGAAAAGAGGCAAGAAUGACAAGACGUGCAAUCGUCGUAGCUGGAGCUCUCUGCCUCCGCUCUCUCGCUCAAGUCACCAAUUCCAAGAAGACUAAAUUCAUCGUCAGGGAAGAUGUGUACUGUGAUUAUUGUCGUGCCACUUUCAUCACUUAUUUCAGCAAUCGUAUGCCAGGAGCGGAAGUGAAGUUGGUAUGCAGAGAUGAUUUUGACAAAGAUAAUGUUACAUUACGCAUGACUGGGAUUGUAACCGACGACAAGGGAGAGUACACAAUAGAUGUGGAAGAUGAUCAUAACAGUGAAACCUGUGAGGUGACAUUGGUGAAGAGUAGUAUGCAUGACUGUGCUGAGAUUGUAAAAGACGGUUUGGGAAGAAAACCGGCAGCUGAUGUUAUCCUCACCACCACAGAUUACUACCAUGAUAAGUUCCGUAAUGCCAGUUCACUGACAUUCUCCCCCAAGAAAAGGGCACCUGAAUGCAUUGAACUCAAAAAGGAGAUCGAAGAAGACCCCAUCCCCUUGCCUAGUCAUUAAUGCGAUAUAUAUAUAUAUAAUGGAGCUUAAUUAAUUUCUUAUAUGUUAUAA